GGAUUCAGUAUGUCAGAGAAUUUUGGCAGUAAUGAGGAAUUUAUUGAUGCUUCUAGUCAAGGAAGCCUUUGGAGACGAUGAAAUGGAGAUGUUCUUCAAUAUUCUUUGGAAAAAAGAUGGCACUGCCAAGAGAACUUCGCUGCUGAAACCGGUGUUUCUGGAAUUUCUGGAAUUUACAACAAUUCUAGGUGGAAACGCCCUGUUCUACUUAUGCGAAACGUCAAUUCCUCUUUCUUUCGAUUCACUUGUGAUCCGGUCUGUGGUGCGCUGGACUGCGGUGCAUGUCAUGAAGUAUUGCUUUAUCUCUUGGGUCGGGAGUGAAAAGGGCUACUGAGACUGAGAAUACAUGGUUUUAUCCAAAUUUAUCACACUGUAUAGUUUGCGAAUGUUAUGAUUGAUAUAUAUGGGUUGUCUUGUAGCAUUUGAUAAUUAAGUGUGUACUUUUCACCUUUUUUUUGGUUGGUUAUUCUAUUGAUUAUCUGUUCCGGUUGCUUUGUAACUCCUGUAAUGGAUAACUGUAAGCUGCGUUUGGAGUUCAAUAUAUAUAUUCUGGAAGUGAGUCUUGCCAAUUCUCGAUUUUCUGUAGUUAUGAAAUAGAGUCAGUUCUAUUAA